AUGGCAAAAUUCUUUAUGCUUCUCUUCCUGCGAAGCAAAAGCCUUAGGUUCUCUGUCUCUAGAGGUCUUUUCCUUUAUGCUUUUGCUUUUAUGUGUGUUCAUGAAGGAAGAAUGGACAUCCCUGAGAAAUACAAGCAACUAUGGAGCGAUUGGGAUAUUCGUUCUUUUCGUCUUGUUUCUCGUUCAGUUCAAUACAGUCAUCCAGAGACAAUUGCAUUACAGGAAAGAAAUACAGUUCAUGAAGGAAGAAUGGACAUCCCAGAGAAAUACAAGCAACUAUGGAGCGAUUGGGAUAUUCAUGUCCUAAUUUUGCUUAGUCUCUAUGUCCAAAUAAUUCUCAUUUUCCUCGGGCGUUUGAGAAAAACUUCAACUUCGAUAUGGAUAAGAAUGUUAAUUUGGAGCAGCUACUUACUUGCUGAUUGGGUCGCUGACUUUGUGCUCGGCCAACUAAGCAAUGCAAUGGAUGAUUCUUCAUCUUCUAAUGCUAUCAUUGCUUAUUGGGCUCCCUUCCUUAUCCUUCACCUUGGCGGCCCUGACACCAUUAUUGCCUACUCCAUGGAAGACAAUGAGCUAUGGGCUCGCCAUCUUCUUGGCCUUAUCUAUGAGCUCAUUGUCGCCUUCUAUGUCCUCUUUCGCUCCCUACCCAACACUCGUUUGCUCUCCCCCACCAUCUUGAUAUUCUUAGUCGCUAUCAUCAAAUACGUAGAGCGCUCUUACUCACUUUAUAAAGCCAGUACCGAAAACUUUCGUAGCUCCAUUAGCUCGUCUGCUAGGAAACUACCAACAAACAUUUCAUCAACCAUUUCAAAUAUGGAAGAUUUGAAUUCCUUGAAUGAAGCUUUUGGGUUAUACUCUGCAUGUAAGCCUUUCUUUGUUGAUGUUAUUCCACUUGUUGAGGUGUAUGAGAAAACUGGAAAUUUAAUUAAGGAGAUGACAGCAAAGGAGGUUUUGAUAAUGACAGGCAUGGAACUUAAUUAUGCUUUUGAUGAGCUUUAUACUAAGGCUACUGUAAAUCACUCUAGAGUUGGGUAUGCUCUCCGAGCUCUUUGUUCAAUUUGCAUUUUGUUGUCUUUCUCGCUCUUUGUCUUGGUGCCAAAGGAUGAUUUUGAUAAACUUGAUGUUGUCAUCACUUAUGUCCUACUCGUGGCCUCUAUAUUCCUUGAUGUCAUGGCUACUAUUAUGAUAUUGUUCUCUGAUUGGAUGAUAGUUACUCUUCUCAAUGUGAAGAAGUUGGAUAAUUGGGGCGAGUGGCUCGCUAAGCACAUUGCUAGAAUUAAAAGAGUGUGGCUAAAGAGAAGGUAUUGGUCAGGAGAGAUGCCACAAUUGAAUCUAGUUAGUAAUUGCCUAAAGAAUUUUGCACUAAUUAGAGCUCCUCGACUAGGGAUAAUGGAUUGGAUUAAAGCAAAGUUGAGCUUUGUGCAGGAGAUAAAGUUGUACCCGAGCUGGACUACUGGCUUUGAAACUUACACCUUGCACACACUCCAAUUAACCAGUCUUUCGGCUCUCCAACAAAUAACAACUGCCCCUACUUGGGUUGUCCCAUCAUUUGUUAAGCUUGUAGAGGGCCUAUCAUUUGAUCAACAAGUUCUGGUAUGGCACAUCUCCACCGAGCUUUGCUUGCAUUGGAAGUCAAAGUCUGUACAUCCCUUGCAUCCUCAUCAAAUGGAGAUUGAAGAAGAAGACAACAAACCACGAGGAGUAAAGAGGAAGAGCUCAGAGAUGGAAGUUUGCAAGUACUUAUCAAACUACAUGAUGUAUUUGGUGUUGAUGCGACCAGACAUGAUGUCUACCAUGGGAGGAGCAAGCCCGUUGGUGUUCUGGCAUGCAUGUUAUGAUAUGGUUCAAUUCAUUCGUAGAAGUGGUGAUGACCAUCACUUGUUGAUGCCAAAUGUAAAAGUUGAGGAGGCAUGCAGAAAGAUGAUGACUACUCCGAUAGAGUGGAUUAGAUAUCCAUCUUUGUUUGAGAUAGCACGAGUCCUUGCUCAUUUGAUGUUUGUUAUUGAGGAUGAAGAGAGAUGGCGAGUUGUGACCUCGGCAUGGGUGGAGCUCCUAAUGCAAGGGGCAAAAAAUACAAGAGCAAUCAUGCAUGUGAAGCAAUUAAGUAAGGGAGGUGAGCUCUUAACUUUCAUUUGUCUUCUCACCAAACAUGUUGGGAUGGUGGACGCAUUAGAUAUUGGUGCUUAUAUGACAGGAGGUGCACUUGAUAUAGCCAAGCAGCUCUUGUUUAUGAUCAAGAUUUACUUCGAGAAUCAACUUUGA